AUGGGCUGGUUCAGUAGUAAACCAGAACAAGCGUCCGCUGCCACCAGGCACGACAGACAGAGAUGCUGGGAAAGCAGGGAUCUAUACUUUGAUUGCCUUGACGGCGCCGGUGUUCUGAAAGCGGGCGACGAAGGCGACGUCUGCGCAAAGGAAAAGCGUUCAUACGAGGCAAACUGUGCAAAGAGUUGGAUCGACUACUUCAACAAACGGCGCAUGUUGGCCGUACAGCAGAAAGAUAUGCUUGCGCAGGCACAGACUCAAGCACGGGGACCCAAGUAG